AGUACCCGGAAACGCGGGUGGUCGCGCUCGCGUCUCUUUGAGUAUAGCUUGCCUCUGAUCAACCGUGGUCGUCAUGAUUGAGACGAUAUAUAUCGCCCGCCAUGGAUUCCGGCUGAACUGGGUGACCAAUGACUGGGCGUCUGCAACAGGCCUGCCCCGCGAUCCGCCACUCGCUGCAUACGGUUUGACGCAAGCCCAUGAACUGGCUGAUUUCUUCCUGUCGCUUCCUCCCGAAGAGCGGGCCACAGCCAUUUUUUCGUCACCAUAUUAUCGCUGUCUGCAAACUUGCCGCCCGACGUCGGUUGCUCUUGAUGUGCCAAUAUACGUAGAACAUGGACUAUCCGAGUGGUAUUCCCCGGUUACUCCAGGUACUGGACUGCAUCCACGUCCCGCCAACGCUGCAACUCUUCGAGGCCAUUUUCCCAAAAUUGACGACUCGUGGUCGUCAGUGUGGUACCCAUCCAGGAAAGGGGAAGACGUGGAGCAGUGUCAUGAUCGCUGCAAUGGUCUUCUUCAAGCCUUGAUACCCGAGAUUCAACGGAAGUUUGGGGGCAAGCAUAAGCGAAUCCUAUUGAUCAGCCACGCAGCGACAAUCAUCGCGCUCGCGAGGGAAUUACUUGGUGACCGAAGCAUGCCUCUGAGGGUGGGAUGCUGCUCCUUGACCGAGGUCUGCUCGACCCAGAAUGAACCACCCGUUGGGCACUGGAGACCCAAGCGGUUGGCCGACGGCAGUCACCUGAAAGAAGGUGCCUCUCGAGAUUGGGGGUUUGAGGACAUUGUGAUUGCCGGUGGAAAGGUCAUCACCGAUCCCGGGCAACCAGGAUCUGAGCACGAAUUCGACGAACCUGUAGGCCUCUGUCUUCCGGAUGCGACGUCGAGAAUGUAGAGCUCCUCUAACAUGUGCUGGAGAGUGCAUCCAACAUAGAUUAUCAUUCCUUCUCAUUGCGCUGGCUAACAACACUGUUCGUACAUACUCUAGAAGCAUCCGGUCGCAUACCCAAACAGCUAGAAUGUGACGUAUGCACUGGCGUAGCUGACGCUCGAGUCUUUGAUUGUCAAACACUUGCUGCUCUGUUCGUACCUUACCCACUGGAGCUUCGGGACCUUGCCUUCCUUCUGCAGCGUUGUCAACGCUCC